AUGACUAGACUUCUCUCCACCACUCUUUUGUCCAGCUUCGGCAUCUACAGUAGUGGAUUGGAUACGAUCGAGGGCAAGCAUAAGCUUAUGGGCGUCAAUCCUAAGCUACGCCAGUACUACGAGCCCGUAGCUCCGCCUCAAUUCGGUGGCCAUCAGUUCUUCCAGUGCGACCCAUUGGCGCGAAGUGGCACUGAACUCGUCCCUUACGAGAAUCUCAAUGAUGAUUUCUGUGAUUGUAGCAACGGUGCAGAUGAGCCCGGUACAGCUGCAUGCUCGCACUUCCCAGGAGCAGCGUUCUAUUGUGAGAACAAAGGCUCCUUACCGAAAUUGGUCUGGGCUUCCCACGUUGGUGAUGGAGUCUGCGACUGUUGCGACGGUUCCGACGAGUGGCAACUUGGUGGCUGCGAGAACUUCUGUUCAGCGGAAGGUGCGAAGAUUCGUCAACAACGAGAGGCUGAUCUCGAGCGCAUUGAGGCGGGAUUAAAGCAGAAGGAAGAAGAACGGUCCCACACAGAUGAGAAAAUUGCCCUAUGGACGAAGGAAUUGGAAGAGCUCAAGCCAAGCUUCCAGUAA